AUGUCUUACAGCGUGACCCUGACCGGGCCUGGGCCCUGGGGCUUCCGUCUCCAGGGGGGCAAGGACUUCAACAUGCCGCUCACUAUCUCCCGGAUCACACCGGGCAGCAAGGCCGCCCAGUCCCAGCUCAGCCAGGGUGACCUCGUGGUGGCCAUUGACGGCAUCAACACAGACACCAUGACCCACCUGGAAGCCCAGAACAAGAUCAAGUCUGCCAGCUACAACCUGAGUCUCACGCUGCAGAAGUCGAAGCGCCCCGUCCCCAUCUCCACAACAGCACCCCCGGUCCAGUCCCCUCUGCCGGUGAUCCCCCACCAGAAGGACCCUGCUCGGGACACGAACGGCAGCCUGGCGGCGCUCAGCCCCAACCCUGAGGCGAGGGCCAGCCCGGGCACCCCGGGCACCCCGGAGCUCAGGCAGACCUUUAGCUCCUCCUUCUCCCAGACCUCCGUCUUCUCCUCACACACAGAGGCCUCUGACCCCGGCCCUCCAUGGGGCAGCCCACAGGCCAAGGCCAGCCUGGAGGGAGCCCUGGACUCACUCAGCCCGAAAGUCCCACAGGGCUCGAGCCAGCCAAGGCAGUAUAACAACCCCAUUGGCCUGUACUCGGCAGAGACCCUGAGGGAGAUGGCUCAGAUGUAUCAGAUGAGCCUCCGAGGGAAGGCCUCAGGUGCUGGACUCCCAGGAGGCGCCGACUACCAGGAACGGUUCAACCCCAGUGCCUUGAAGGACUCUGCCCUGUCCACCCACAAGCCCAUCGAGGUGAAGGGGCUGGGCGGCAAGGCCACCAUCAUCCAUGCGCAGUACAACACACCCAUCAGCAUGUACUCCCAGGAUGCCAUCAUGGACGCCAUUGCUGGACAGGCCCAGGCCCAGGGCAGUGACUUCAGUGGGAGCCUUCCUAUUAAAGACCUUACGGUGGACAGUGCCUCUCCCGUGUACCAGGCGGUGAUUAAGAACCAGAACAAGCCAGAAGAUGAGGCUGAUGAGUGGGCUCGCCGCUCCUCCAACCUGCAGUCUCGCUCCUUCCGCAUCCUGGCCCAGAUGACAGGGACGGAAUACAUGCAAGAUCCUGACGAAGAAGCUUUGCGAAGGUCAAGGCCCCAGGCCUCUGCCUACAGUCCCGCCAAGGCGACCUCUCCGGCACCUGCCACUCAUACAUACAGUGAGGCCCCAGCUGCCCCUGCGCCCAAGCCCCGAGUUGUCACCACCGCCAGCAUCCGGCCUUCUGUCUACCAGCCAGCGCCCGCAUCUACCUACAGCCCAUCCCCAGGGGCCAAUUACAGUCCAGCUCCCUACACCCCCUCACCUACCCCUGCCUACACCCCCUCGCCCGCCCCCACCUACUCCCCUUCCCCGGCACCAACCUAUACCCCCUCGCCAGCCCCAAGCUAUAACCCUGCAUCCUCAGUGACCUACAGCGGGGGCCCUGUGGAGUCUGGCAGCCGCCCACCGUGGGUGACAGACGACAGCUUCUCUCAGAAGUUUGCCCCUGGCAGGAGCACCACCUCCAUCAGCAAGCAGACCCUGCCCCGAGGGGCCCCUGCCUACACCCCAGCAGGGCCCCAGGUGUCCCCCCUGGCCAGGGGCAUCGUUCAGCGGGCUGAACGCUUCCCAGCCAGCAGCCGGACUCCGCUCUGUGGCCACUGCAACAACGUCAUCAGGGGCCCCUUUCUGGUAGCCAUGGGCCGUUCCUGGCACCCGGAGGAGUUUAACUGUGCCUACUGCAAGACCUCCCUGGCGGACGUGUGCUUCGUGGAGGAGCAGAGCAACGUUUACUGCGAGCGCUGUUAUGAGCAGUUCUUUGCCCCAGUCUGUGCCAAAUGCAACACGAAAAUCAUGGGGGAAGUGAUGCAUGCCCUGAGACAGACAUGGCACACCACCUGCUUUGUCUGCGCAGCCUGCAAAAAGCCCUUUGGGAAUAGCCUCUUCCACAUGGAAGAUGGGGAGCCCUACUGCGAGAAAGACUACGUCAAUCUGUUCAGCACCAAGUGUCAUGGCUGUGAUUUCCCUGUGGAGGCUGGAGACAAGUUUAUUGAAGCCCUGGGCCACACCUGGCAUGACACCUGCUUCAUCUGUGCGGUCUGCCACGUGAAUCUGGAGGGGCAGCCAUUCUACUCCAAGAAGGACAAACCCCUGUGCAAGAAGCACGCACACGCCAUCAAUGUGUAG